UGCUCUUCGCCGUUCCUGAUUCUUCCAACAAGCAAGAUGGCUCCCAUCUGGCUCCUGCUCUGCUUCGCUUUCCUUGGUGCUGUCCAUGGUUGCGGCAUCCCCACCAUCCAUCCUGUACUCAGCGGCUAUUCACGAAUUGUCAAUGGAGAGGAGGCAGUGCCUGGAUCUUGGCCCUGGCAGGUCUCUUUGCAGGACAGCACUGGCUUCCACUUCUGCGGAGGUUCUCUGAUCAAUGAGAAUUGGGUGGUCACUGCGGCCCACUGUAAUGUCAGGACAAGCCACCAGGUGGUCUUGGGUGAAUUUGACAAAGCCUCUCCUGCUGAGGAUGUUCAAGUCUUAAAGAUUGCUGAGGUUUUCAAGAAUUCCAAGUUCAACAUGUUCUCUCUUGGAAAUGACAUCACCUUGCUGAAGCUCGCCACUCCGGCCCAGCUAACGGCUCGGGUGGCCCCUGUGUGUCUGCCUCAGCCCACUGACGACUUCCCUGGGGGCAUGACCUGUGUUACCACUGGCUGGGGCUAUCUGAAACACACUGACAAGGAUUCUCCAGACCGGCUUCAGCAAGUGGCUCUCCCUCUGCUGACCAAUGAGCAGUGCAAGAAAUACUGGGGCAACCGCAUCACUAACGUCAUGGUCUGUGCAGGCGCUGCAGGGGCGUCCUCUUGCAUGGGUGACUCUGGUGGCCCCCUGGUGUGCCAGAAGAACGGUGCCUGGACCCUUGUUGGGAUUGUCUCCUGGGGCAGCGGCACGUGCUCGCCAUCCAGCCCGGGCGUGUAUGCUCGCGUGACGGAGCUCCUUCCCUUUAUUGAGGAGAUACUUGCUAAGAACUAACUCUCCUUGACUGUGAAACAAUAAAACCAGUAUCUGCCAUCAUU